AUGAGAGUUAUUGCAAUCCUUUGCAGUAUCAUAUGUUUGGUACACGCUGCUAUUUACAACAAGCAUGAUCAGCAUAAUGUACAGAACAACCAAUAUCGAACAACCCCAAAUCCUAUUCUCUACAAGGAUCAGUACAAUGUUCAUAGCAACCAAUAUCGAACAACCCCAAUUCCCAUACUUAGAUAUGAACAGGAUGUUAGCAUUGAUGGUAACUACCAGUACAGUUUCGAAACAGGCAACGGCAUUUCGCAAGAAGAACACGGUUUCCUGAAAAACCCUGGAACAGAAAACGAAGCUCAGGUGGUCCAAGGGUCAUCGAAGUAUAUCGAUCCUAAUGGAAAUUUAGUGGAGUUGAGUUACAUCGCAGACGAAAAUGGGUUCCAACCUGUUGGAGCUCAUCUACCUACGCCGCCUCCAAUUCCAGAAGCUAUCCAAAGAGCUUUGGAGUUCAUUGCUAGCCUGCAACGUGCAGAGGCCGAACGGAACUCGCUGAGAGGAAGAGGUAGUCAAGGGAGGUUUAAAAAAUAA